AUGGAUAUACGAAAAUUUCUGAACGAUCCUGGCCAGAACCAGGAUACUGGGCUGCACGUUCACGCCCCUCUUGCCUUCCUAGGCUGCAUCGUCGGGUUUCCUGUAUUAUGUGUGCUGUUCGACUAUGUGCGCAUUCUCCGCUUGCGCCAGCGAAUGCCUCCUGGGCCAUUCCUCCUGCCACUGGAGGGCAAUUUCUUCGCAAUCCCCAAGAUCAAGCCUUGGAUUCACUUUGGAAAAUGGGCAGAAUAUUACGGCAACCCGAUGACCACAAUCUGGAACGGCCAACGGCCAAUCAUUGUGUGCAACGACAUCUGGUCGAUAUCGGAUCUGCUCGACAAGCGGGCGGCCAUCUACUCCCCCCGCGCACGUAUGGUGGUCAUGGGUGACUGUCUCAAUCAGACCGAAUCCAACCAGGUGAACUUGGUUUAUGGAGACCGCUGGCGACUUCAUCGGAGAAUUAUGGCAAGUCUAUCCAUAAUACUAUCAAUGUUAAAACUGACUAACAAAGCGAAAGUGCUUGCACGAGACCUCUACGAAAGGCCUAAUGAUAUGGUCAUGGCCAUUGAGCGAUAUUCGUGCUCGACUGUUUCAAUAAUUGGCUGGGGUCGGCGUAUCGAUCGAAUGCACGACUAUAUCGCUCAAGCCGCUCUUGGAUUCAUGGAGGGCGUCGACUAUAUCAUCCCAGGUCUUUUCAUCAUGGAAGCUAUUCCCGCACUCUUUCAUCUUCCUCGGUGGGUCUAUCCCCUACCCUCCAAGAUACUCGACAGCGCAAAAGGUUUCCAACGAUACCUUCACGCGUUGUCUAAGGAAGCUACUGAAGCCAACGCAGAGAAUUUUGCUAACCGGCUUCUGAGGGAACAAGACCAGAUGGGCCUCCGCGUUGAAGAAGUUGCAGGUAUGACAGCCAAUCUGAUUGGCGGCGGAGUCGACACCAGAAGCAGUUCAAUUCUAAGCUUCAUCCUGGCCAUGUGCGUCUUUGGUGACGUGCAGAGAUGUGCUCAGGAGGAGAUUGACAGUGUCGUUGGGAAGGAGCGGAGCCCUGGCUGGUCAGACGAGAACUCUCUUCCAUACGAUGACGAGUACAAAGGCUAUUUCAUUCCCAAGGACACAUCUAUCACUGGCAACGUCUGGGCCAUACACCGAAACCCGCGUGAAUUCCCCGAACCCGACACCUCUGCCCUGAGAGGUUCCUGA